AGAGCGCGGCGGCGCCGCGAGUCGCGGCGAGCGGACUCGGACCCGGACUCGGACCCGGACCCGGACCCAGACCCGGACCCACCCGGGUGCCAGAGCGCGCAGACGAAGGCGAGAUGACAGCCGGGAGCCCCGGAGACCGCGUGGAGCCCCGGAGGAGCCCCGAGGGCCGCGUCUCUCGCCUGGGCCGCCGCCUGGGCCGCCGCCGGCGCCCGCGCUCCCCGCCGGAGCCUCUGCGGGUGCGGGCGCGGCUGCGGCUGCGCUCGCCGUCGGGGGCGUUCGCGGCGCUGGGGGCGCUCGUGGUCCUGGUGGGCAUGGGCAUCGCGGUGGCCGGCUACUGGCCGCACCGCGCGGGGGCCCCGGGGCCCCGGGCUGCCAAUGCCAGCGCGCCGCCGGUGAGCGAGCUGCGACGCGAGGGUCGCGGGGCCGGCCGGGCCCACGGCCCGCACGAGCGGCUGCGGCUCCUCGGGCCCGUGGUCAUGGGCGUGGGCCUGUUCGUGUUCAUCUGCGCCAACACGCUGCUCUACGAAAACCGCGACUUGGAGACCAAACGGCUUCGCCAGGGGGCACUGCGGGCUCAGGCGCUCCGGCCCCCCGACGGCCCCGGCUGGGACUUUGCUCUGCUCCCCAGCCCCGGCCCAAGGACUCCCCCAGCCCUAGGCUGCGCGGAACCAGAAAGUUGGGACCUAUCCCCACGUCGGGGCACCUCACCUGUCCCGUCAGUGCGGAGUCUGCGUUCAGAACCUGCUAAUCCUCGCUUAGGGCUACCUGCCCUGCUCAACAGUUACCCGCUGAAGGGCCCGGGGCUGCCCCCACCUUGGGGUCCGCGGACCCAGACUGGCCAUGUGAUCAUCACCGUGCAGCCCUCUGGCUCCUGCAUCGAACACUCCAAGUCUCUGGAUCUGGGCCUCGGGGAGCUCCUGCUUGGGGCCCCGGCUACUCGGGACUGUGCUCACCGCAGCUGGCCGCGGCUGGAUCGCCUCAGUCUGGAGGGCUAUGCCCAGCUGGGAGGGGGCGGGGACCUGGGGGCUCGGGUUUGAGCCGCAGGGGGUGGCCUGCUCUGAGGCUGCACCGCGCACCGCACCAUGGUAACAGGACCAGCGCUUCAGCGUACCCCAGACUGGGGAAUGGAUGCUCCGGCCACAGUCGCUGGUGAGGAGGCAUCCUGACCUGCAUGUGGGCAGAGAAGUGCCAACUGCACAAGGUUCCACUCGCUGGAAUGUGUUUUGAUGUGGAUUCUGGAGACCAGCGGGACUCGGCCUCAGGAAUUCCUUCAACCUCCAAAGUGGCCUUAGCCCUGAACAGGUACCUGAGGGGGCUGGUGCUCCAGGCCAGGGUACUCGGGAGAUGCACCUGGUGUCUUGGCAAACCCGAAGCUGUGGGCAAGAACCCUCAAGACUUGGAAGGUAGAUGGGGAUGUUGCAGGUUGGGACAGGCUUCCUCCGAGGUGGCAGUGGCGACUGGGUUCCGGCCUCCAGGAAGAUGGGCAACGGGGGAGCCGAGACUUUUCACUGCCAUCUGGGGUGGGGACUGAGCCCCCAGCUCCCACCGCGUCAGUCCCUGUUUCCCCUCAGCCAUGUGGGGUGCACCCUCAUGGGGCUACACCACUGCCAAUGCCUUCCUGCUGAGGGCCGGCCCCCCAAACAGGUCUGAGGAGCCCCUGCUCUCCUCCGUCCUGGUCGAUGCUGCAACGUGUCCCUCCAGCUGGCAAACAGCACCUGCCCGUUCUCAGAGGUCGUUU